CACCGGCUACGUACCGAGUCCCUCGUUGUCCCACUCGCCGGACCGACAGAGGAUCGGACGGACGAACGGGCACCGGAGACCCCGCCGGGGAGACGCUUUUGGCAGGCGGGCGUCCAGGGCCCGGGCCGCGGCCUCCUCACCAUGUCCUCGGCCAGCGACGUCAGCAGCCAGUUCCCCCUGCACCUCCUGGUGUGGAACAACGACUACCGGCAGCUGGAGAAGGAGCUGCGGAGCCAGAAUGUGGAAGCUCUGGAUCCCCGAGGUCGGACGUUAUUGCACCUUGCAGUUUCUUUGGGACAUUUGGAAUCUGCUCGAGUCUUGCUCCGACAUAAAGCAGACGUGACCAAAGAAAACCGCCAGGGAUGGACAGUUUUACACGAAGCUGUGAGCACUGGCGACCCCGAGAUGGUGCACACGGUUCUUCAGCACCGAGACUACCACAACACUUCCAUGGCCCUCGAAGGCGUUCCUGAGCUCCUACACAAAAUUCUGGAGGCUCCAGAUUUCUAUGUGCAGAUGAAAUGGGAAUUCACCAGCUGGGUGCCUUUAGUUUCUAGAAUAUGCCCAAAUGAUGUCUGUCGCAUUUGGAAAAGUGGUGCCAAACUGCGUGUCGAUAUCACAUUGCUGGGAUUUGAAAAUAUGAGUUGGAUCAGAGGGAGACGCAGCUUCAUAUUUAAGGGAGAAGACAACUGGGCAGAGUUGAUGGAAGUGAACCAUGAUGACAGAGUGGUCACCACCGAACACUUUGAUCUUUCCCAAGAAAUGGAGCGCCUCAGUCUGGACUUGAUGAAGCCCAAAAGCAGGGAAGUUGAGAGGCGGCUCACAAGUCCAGUCAUCAACACCAGCCUUGAUACUAAAAAUAUUGCUUUUGAAAGAACUAAAUCCGGAUUCUGGGGCUGGAGGACAGAUAAAGCAGAAGUUGUUAAUGGUUACGAAGCAAAGGUUUACACAGUAAACAAUGUGAAUGUGAUAACCAAAAUACGCACAGAACAUCUGACCGAGGAGGAAAAAAAGAGAUAUAAAGCGGACAGGAAUCCACUGGAGUCUCUGCUGGGAACUGUGGAACACCAGUUUGGUGCUCAAGGGGACCUCACCACAGAGUGUGCCACUGCAAACAACCCCACGGCCAUCACGCCUGAUGAGUACUUCGAUGAAGACUUUGACCUGAAAGACAGGGACAUUGGAAGGCCGAAAGAGCUGACAAUUAGAACACAAAAGUUCAAAGCAACACUGUGGAUGUGUGAAGACUUUCCUCUCUCGCUCGUGGAGCAGGUCAUUCCCAUCAUUGACCUCAUGGCUCGGACAAGUGCUCAUUUUGCAAGAUUGAGAGAUUUCAUCAAACUGGAGUUCCCACCUGGAUUCCCUGUCAAAAUAGAAAUUCCUUUAUUUCACGUCUUAAAUGCACGGAUUACAUUUGGAAAUGUUAAUGGCUGUAGCACUGCUGAAGAGAGUCAGAAUGUGGAAGGGAUCCAGGCUGAUACAGCUUCCCAGGUCACAGACUUCGAGGUUGAUCAGUCUGUGUUUGAGAUUCCCGAAUCUUACCACAUUCAGGACAACGGUCGCAAUAUGCAUCUACAAGACGAAGACUACGAGAUAAUGCAGUUCGCCAUCCAGCAGAGCCUGCUGGAGUCUAGCAGGAGCCAGGAACUUUCGGGACCAGCUUCAAAUGGUGGAAUCAGCCCAACACACAGCUAUGAUGCCCAGUAUGAGAGGGCCAUCCAGGAGAGCCUUCUCAGCAGCAUGGAAGUCCCAUGCCCGGGUGCCCUCAGUGAGUCAAGCCGAUUUGAUAGUGACCUGCAGCUGGCCAUGGCGCUGUCUGCCAAAGAGCUGGCAGAGCAGGAACUCCGGCUCCAGGAGGAGGAGGCCGAACUCCAGCAAGUCUUACGGCUGUCACUCACUGAGAAGUAGACUUCUGUCACGGGCUGCACAAAGCAGAGGCUCUGGGCUGCGCACAUUUGCUGAGUCAACCAAGGCCCCAGGACUGAAGGCCCACACUUCGUGCAGACAGACGGCAGCUGUCCCUUCCUUACACAAAGGUGCAGGAUCAGGGACUCCUGGGCCCAUCCAAGGUGCUCCCCAGAGUGGAGAGGUGGGGAAUUGGCAGGUCCCAUCUCCAGGCUGAGGGAGGAGAGCACCGUCACUUUCCAUUAGCUGUAUUGGCUUGCAGGUCACUUUACUACCAGCUUUGAACAGAAGCGCCAAUCCCUGCAGGUCUGUAGACACUUGCUAUCUGGAAGGGAUGACGAUGACUGCAGAGUCAGGUGCUCUUCUCCAUGAGAGCAGCAGCAGCCUUUGUCGAGCGGUUAGGAGAACUUGAGACCUUCCUUCCUGUUCACCAAAGAAACGGGGUGUGCCGAUCUACUCUCUGUCUUCACCUUUCUAUAAGGUUCCUUAGGACAUAAGUCAUUAUUCCUCCCCUAUCUCCACCUUAUUCCAUUCCUUUCAUCCCCAGGCAAAGUUAAGAGGCUUUAUUUUAGAUUAUGGUUGACUGCAUCAAAUUAAGAUAUACAAAUGACCAGGGAUGUUGCCUUAGCCUUAAAAAUUACUAGUAGUUUCAAACCACCUCACUCUACAUCUUGAGGGAUCUGAUUUGAAUCUGUAAAGGCAGUUCCUUUGAGAGCAGGAUCCUCCAGACCAAAUCAAAGGCAGCUAACCCUGUCCUUGGAGGAGCAACUAGGGAAUCUAUGGCUGGCUCUCAAAGUGGGCAAGCUGGCCAAACUCCUGGAAGAGCGGAGAACCCAAGCCAGGUGUGUCCUCUGCCUGCUCCGUGAAGGGUCUCCACAGGCCUAGGAAGAACCAGCUGCAUGGCCUGGUUUCACGUGUGAGAGGAAGGGAUGGCGUUGAAGUCAGAAAGGGAGCUAACAUGGAGCACAAUGGCUCCUUGUCCAAAAGGGAAAAAUGAUGAUUCCAUAUUGCUUUUUAGAGUUCAAAUCAGCAUCUUUCGGGAUAAAUAUAUUUUUUAACAGAAUGUUUUUAUUAUUUUUAAAAGAUGUAAAAAUGACUACUCCCAUCAGUAGCAAUACAAGGUUAUACAUUUUAACCAGAUUUUCUCAGGCCUUUUUUGGAUACCUUUAGUAGCUAACUAUUUUGUCUAACCUUCCUGUAAAUACCCAUCGCAUAACAGACCGACCCCUGGGGAAUACAGCCGAGGGCACCUCUUAUUCUGGCCCAUGUCUUCAUUCCCACAGGCUGCACUGAAGUCACCUGGUAAACAAUACCUUCCUGUUUUGUGUCUGUUUCCUGUUGCGCUUCUUUUGGGAUGGGAAGAGAAACUACUGUUCCUGUUAAUGUCCAUAUGAAGCAGUUAGCAUUGCCAGUAAAAUGUUCCUGGACACAAACAAUUGUGCUUUUAAUUCCUUCUAGCUAUCUGGCUUUUUGUCAUGGUCUGACCAAAAUUCCUUCUCUGCACACAAGGCCAGUACCGGCAACAUUACGUUUGUUUUAGACACAGCUUGGCAUUUUGUUUACUUGCUAUUUACCAUGAGCAAAGACACUUCUUGGGAGAGGCUGCAGCUGGGCCAUGUUGUUUACUCACUAAGGUGAACCCUAGGUAACUUCUGUGUGUUGGCAUUCCAUUGCUCUGCUUUCUUGAAGUCCGACUUUGUCCCCAGGAAGUCACUUGUAAAGGGACUGAGCAUUGUGUCAACUUGUUGCAGCAUUUUUCACGUUCUCUCUUAAAAUGCAAAUAAAGACACUUCCAUAGAGGGUGCUCAUACAGUA